AUGAUCGUGCCGCUGGCUCUGUCGGAUGGUAUUUCGAAAACUGUUGUGUGGUGUAAUGAAACACCAAAUAGUUCAUUCUGCACACGUCUAUUGCUAAUUGUGGUCGAAAAAGAAAGUCCAGAACUUGUAAAAUAUGUUAAUGAAGUAUUUGAACCUCAGGAUAAGCACUUGCAAGAAAGCGGAAUGGACCUGUCUGUAAAUGGAAAAACUUAUCACAUCAAUAUAAUAACAAUUGAUUCAAUGAAAGAUUUGAAAGUUUGUAGUGCCGAAAGUGGUUUAGGCGGAGCUCACUGUUUGAUGUGUCAUGCUCUUCCAAGUGAAUGGCACGACAGAGACAAACUAUUAGAUUCCGACUACUUUCGUAUUUCUCGAUCGACCGCAGAUACUUUGGAAUCAUACAAAAGUUUAGUUGAAGCCGAUGGAAUUAUAAAAAAAAAGAGAAUACAAUCAGAUGAAACAAGAGAAAGUAUCAUCGAGAGGAAGUGA